AUGUCCGAUAUGUUUCUUCCAUGGGGUUCGGGCCUGUUGAGUCCUUCAAGAGCUGCAUGGACGGGUGUUGGGAACAACUUUGCUGACGGGACAAUCGAAUUCACCAGACGAACAAGGCCGCGGAACAACUCGAGGCGCAGGGUGUUGCCCCUUUCCCCCGUCCAGCCCGUCCAGCCCGUCCAGCCCGUCCAAUCCGGCACCAUUCUUGGUGCUUCGGCCGCCUUUCUCUCCCAAUGGCGGUGUUCUCCUGCACUUAUCGAGGCUUUGCUGAACCUGGGGCGCGCGGAGCAACGGACAGCUCCCAGAACAUCACCAUGGGGUGGCGGGAUUCACGGCACAGUUGAACUAACCGUAGCCUUUGAGCUCUCUCACAGGCACGGCAGUCGUUUACAGAUUUCCUGGUCGCCCCCAUCAAUUCCUCGCUCCCAGCUGGAGCAGGGGAACGGCGCAUGA